UUUGUAGAUCUACGAAGACGUAACUAGCAGCCCAAGUGAUACGUGAACAUCAACCUGCGUACGUUACCAAGCUAGCUACAUUAGCAGCGAGCUAACAAGACUAUUUUAUGUGUUGUGAGUUUAGCUUGGGCUUAGUUAACAUUAUCAAGUUUACAUUAUGGACGUUUUGCGUCCACAUCUUAUCAAUAUAAAUGGAAGAAUAUACCGGAGAAAUGUCAUUAAGGAAGAACAUUAUGAAGAAGAAGAGGAUUUUUCGUACAUGGGACCACCAGAGAGUGAAGAUCUUGCAGCAGAUGAAACCUGUGACACCUACAUCAUUGAACAGACUGACAAAGGAUACCGCUGUGCAAUUGAUGUCCCAAGUGUUCUUUACAAAUACAUCAUUGGGAAAAAAGGAGAGACACGCAGACGUCUAGAGUCUGACACAAAGACAUCUAUCAGCAUCCCGAAACAAGGCAUGGAAGGACAGAUUGUUAUCACAGGUUCCCACAAAGCCGCAGUCUCAUCUGCUGUCACACGAGUUGAGGUCCUUGUUGACAGUUUCCGGAGAAAGCAGCCGUUCACUCACUUCCUGUCAUUCCCUCUGAAUGAUCCCAAGAUUCAAGAAGGAUUCGUGAGAUUUAAAGACGAGGUGUUGCAGCAGUGUUCACAGGAUCAUGGGGUAGAGGAAAGCAUCUUUCAGAACCCUGCAAAGCUUCACCUGACAAUCGGCACCCUGGCUCUGUUAAAUGAGACAGAAGUGAGAAAAGCCUGUGAACACCUCCAAGAGUGUCAAAACUUCAUUAGGGACAUCACAGAAGGAAACCCUCUGCCAUUGGAGGUGACAGGUAUAGAGUACAUGAAUGAUGACCCAGCGAUGGUGGAUGUCCUGUAUGCCAAAGUCAGUGUGAAAGAUGGAUCUGACAAGUUGCAGGUGAUUGCAGACCGGCUGGUAGAGCACUUUGUCUCUACAGGGCUGAUGGUCAGAGAAUGGGACAAAGUGAAGCUGCAUGGCACUGUGAUAAACACUUUGUUCAGAAAGGACUCCACAGCUGAAGACUCGGGCAGCACAGGAAGACAAACCACGAGCGAAAGAGAGGCUUUUGAUGCCAGAAACAUAUUAAAGAAAUUUGGCGCUUAUCGUUUUGGAGAGUUUGAGCUGAACACUGUCCUGCUGUCCCAGAGAUAUUCAACAGAUUGUACAGGCUACUACACGUCUGCAGGGAGCGUCAACUUCUCAUGACCUGCUACACAGCUGAGUACAUUCUGAGGGACAUGAUUAAGGACGUGUUGGGCAGAUGUCUUCUCUAAUGAUCCCACUGAAAACACGUGAAGGAACAUACGUCAUCUGUAGACAGACUCACACUCUCAAAACAGAUUUCAUUUGUAUGGAGAUUUCAGUAGAAGAUGUUUGCAUGUUUUUCAUGUUUGCUGCAUAGCAUCUGGAGCGUAUUGGACUACGGCUGCUCAUCAGCUAUUAUUCAGUAAUGUUUUCAAUUAAUCGAUCAAAAUGUCAGAAAAUAGUGAAAAAUUCAAAAACAUUUUGCAUUUAUAAGCACUAUACAACAUUUGAUAAACGGUAAUACACCAUAAUAUAGUUGUAAUUUUGCCAACAUAUAGUGUGUAAUAGACCAUUUAUUUAUUAUUUAUACAGUAUACUGCUCAUACAUUAUAAGCAGGGGGACUGAGGUAUUGUGGAAGAAUGCCUCUCAUAGUUUCCCAGAGUCCAAGGUGACAUCUUUAAAUCUUUUAUGUUGUCCGACAAACGGAGCAAAACCCAAAGAUGUUUCAUUUAUAAAGAUUUCAUUUAAAAACACUGGUACACGUUUGUUUGAUUUCCAUAGAUUUCUGGAAGACGGAUUGAUUUGAACUGAUUCUCGACAAAAUUAUGUUGCUAUGCAUGUCUGUGUGGGUGAGCUUGCUUACGCACUGCCCGACAAACAUCUUUCUUCUGUCCCUGCCACAUCUCUCACCCUAAUUAGUCAGCUCUCCCCUUCCUGCUGUGGAAAUGUCCAGUCUCACCCUUGAGAUUUGGAGACUAGCAUGUGUCCCUUUCAAUAAGGCAGAUAAAUAAGACCUCUGUAUCUGUUUGUGCUAGCCGCAAACCUGUUUCCUCAAUGGAUUUGCGUCUCUAUUUCUGAAGAUCUGAGGAGACACAGGAGCAGGAUUUUAAUUAAAAUGUUAAACAGUUUGGUUGUCUUUGCAGGCAUGUGUGCUUGUUUACAUGCACUGAUGAGUCAAAUAUGUAGGCUGGUUCACUGUGUCUGCUGAAAACAAGCCUUUGCGAUGUAAAACCAGCUGAAAAAAGAUCUCCAGUUUAUUUACUUUUUUCUCCUGUGUUAAAAGUGUAGAAAUAAAUAAGCUGUGGUUUAAAAGAAAGUGAAAGCAAAAGCAAUCACUUAGAUGAGCCCAUAGAGUUAAAAACUUGCAGUGAACCUUUCAGUAAUGAGAAUUCAUAUGUGUGUUAUCUCAACCAAGUAUUGUUUUGGCCUCUGUCCAAUUUGCAUAUUUAAUUUCAUGCCAGUUUUCAAAGAAGCCUUUUUUUAUGCAAAGGCUGUUUGAAAUAGGUCUUACUUGAUCAAUGUCAAACUUUUUUUUUUUUUUAGCUCAUUUUGGGUUUUGAUAUUCAGAAGCGCGCUGUGCAAUUUUCAUAGUAUAAUUAGAAAUUAAGCUUUCAUUCAGGAGGACUGGCAGUAACAUUUGCUGGUGGGAAAAUGCUGGUAAUAGAGUAGAUAUGUUUGUUUAGCAUGCUCGGAGCAAGUAACAACACGCAUGAAAUCGUUAAAGUGCCUAUUUGCUGUUCACGGUAAUGGUACGUUUUACCCACGUGUACCUUAAAGCGCAAAUGCUGAUCAGGUUCAUUUAACAGAGCAACGCAUAAAAUAAUUUAAAACAAACCCAAUUAACUGAAAAGAAACAAACUGUUGGUGUCAUGUUUUCCUCUAACAAGAUUGAAUCCUAGGACUGUUUUCAGGAAGUAUUCAUCUGAUCAAACUCAUCUAUCCAUGAGAAGUUAUAAAGGCGCCCUAUAAAUGAUCCUGUCAAACAAAGCUGAUGAAUCUUUCAAAUUGAAUGUCGUUAGCUGCGAAGUAUGACAGGGUGCCUUCCUUUGAUUGUUCUCUCAUGUCGGAUGUGACUCUACAGUCGAGUGUCACCGCCGUUUGAAUUUCACACUAAUCACUCUGUCACUAAUGGGCAUG